AUGGCCAAAACCGCGUAUCAACUUCGGUAUUUGCCAGAAGAAUCAAUAAAGGCAAUUCGUCCAAAUUUCUCCAUUGAUAUUGCACAACAACCAAUCCAGGCAAGAGCAUGUGGCUCAACAAAGUCAUUUGCUGGCCGGAGAUCUAUUGACCCUCCACCAAUUGUCAAGGUGUGCCUUUAUAAUAAAAGAAACAGAAACGUGAUCGAUCAUUCUUACAACUACCUUAUUAUGACAGCAACUGCGGAGUUGAUGGAUCAAAAUGAAGAGAAUUUGGGUACGGAUGCUUCCAAGAAAAAUUUCAAAAAACGGAAACCAAACCUUGAAAAGAAUAAAAGUAAUCUCAUCUUUGGAACUACCACCGUUGCUGCUAACGUUGUCACCAACUCUAAUGAUUCUGAAGAUGAUUUUAAGGCCUUUUUUGUAUUUAGCGAUAUUUCGGUUCGGUAUGAAGGUUAUUAUCGUUUGAACUUCAGGCUAUGGGAAUUCCCAUUAAGCAAUGAGAGUGGUAUGCCUGGCAGCCGUUCGGGAUUGAUUUAUCGCGGAGGAAUGAAAUCAGAAAUUUUCAAAGUCUAUAAUGCCAAAUACUUCCCAGGUCUAACUGCCUCGCCUGAGCUUACGCUAACUUUGAAAAGCAUGGGUUCGCGAAUCAGAGUUCGUAAAUCAAACAAAAGAGAUGAUAGUCAACAGGUUACUGUUGCAGCAGUAGGCCCUGCUGAUGGUAGCAGUAUUAAUGGCAUCAACAAUAAAGAUGACACAUUAUCUGUGGUUAAUAACUUGAAGGUCUUAUCGGAGAUAUCGUCGGCGAUCAGACAACUACCACCUGCGCAUGGUGCUGAAAAGAGAUCCAUGGGAGAUAAUUCAAUCAAAGAUCAGGAUCACCAACAGCAAUCACAGACACAAACACAAACACCGGCACAUCAGAACUACUACUAUAAUCAACCUGGGGGAUAUCAGAACUAUUCAAAUGCAAGCAAUCAGUUUUAUAUGUAUAAUUAUCUUCCGCAGAAUGUGUCCAAUCAAUAUGCUACUGGAUCUGUGGCUAAUGGUGCUGGACAAGCCAAUCAGUCUGGAAUGCCAAUACCGAGUCCGAACGUAAUUGCUAGCGCAACUCAAACUGCUUCUGCUGCUGUUUCUCAACAGCAACAGGAGCUUAAGGCAACUGAUGAUGAGAAUAUUGAUGAUGAAUUCAAACAAAUUAAAGAUGAGGAUAAGUCAAGUGAAUAG